ACCAGUGUCUGGACCAUUCCAGGUUUGGAUGCAUGCAGUGGCCCACAGUCCCCUUUGUCUGGAGCACCACCACAGAAGGGGGAUGAGGCCGAAGUCUCUUCACCUCACCUUGGCGAGCCUAAUGUCUCCAAAGGGCUAGCUGACCGGAAGCAGAAUGACCAGAGGAAAUUGUCUCAGGGCAGGCUGACUCCUCGUUCUCCCACAAUUGAGAAGUCCAAAGAGAUUGCAAUUGAACAAAAGGAAAACUGCGAUCCCCUCCAGUGCCCUGAGGCCACACCCAAAGGCCCAGCUUCUGGCUUAGGCAGUGGUGGGAAAAUGGCCCUGAAUAGCCCUCAGCCUGGCCCUGCUGAAAAUGAGCUGGGAAAGGCACUUCUGAAGACAGCCAGGGAAGGCAACCCUCUGCCUAGAGGUCCAGCCCAGGGCUCUGGAGGGGUGGCUCCCCUGGGCCCCCAGGGAAAAGGUACAGCUGGAGAGCCGACAGGGUCAAAAUUUGGCUCCAAAGCUGAGUUGCAGCCCCCUGCUUCCCGGCCGCCCCUACAGCGGGGGGUCUCCUGGGACAGUGGUCCUGAAGAACCUGGCCCCCGGCUGCAGAAAGUGCUUGCUAAGCUGCCUCUGGCAGAGGAAGAGAAGCGUUUUUCGGGCAAAGCAGGCAACAAGUUGGCCAAGGCACCCGGACUCAAAGACUUUCAGAUACAAGUGCAGCCAGUACGGAUGCAAAAACUGUCGAAGCUCCGUGAGGAGCACAUCCUGAUAAGAAAUCAGAACUUAGUGGGGCUCAAGCUUCCAGAACUUAGUGAAGCUGCUGAGCAGGAAAAAGGGCUCCCUUCUGAACUCUCCUCAGCUAUUGAGGAAGAAGAGUCAAAGAGUGGCUUGGAUGUCAUGCCCAAUAUUUCUGAUAUGCUGCUGCGCAAACUGCGGGUCCACAAGUCUCUCCCUGGAAGUGCCCCUCCACUCACUGAAAAGGAAGUUGAGAAUGUGUUUGUACAACUGUCCUUGGCCUUUAGAAAUGACAGCUACACUCUGGAAUCUAGAAUUAACCAGGCUGAAAGGGAACGCAACCUAACAGAGGAGAACACAGAGAAGGAACUGGAAAAUUUCAAAGCUUCCAUUACGUCCUCAGCUUCACUAUGGCACCACUGUGAGCACCGAGAGACCUACCAGAAGCUGCUGGAGGAUAUUGCUGUCCUGCACCGCUUGGCUGCGCGCCUCUCCAGCCGAGCUGAGAUGGUGGGGGCCGUCCGCCAGGAAAAGCGCAUGUCAAAGGCAACAGAGGUAAUGAUGCAGUAUGUGGAGAAUCUGAAGAGGACGUAUGAGAAAGACCAUGCAGAGCUCAUGGAGUUUAAAAAACUUGCAAAUCAGAAUUCAAGCCGCAGCUGUGGCCCUUCUGAAGACGGGGUCCCUCGAACAGCGCGGUCCAUGUCCCUCACACUGGGAAAGAACAUGCCCCGCCGGAGAGUCAGUGUUGCAGUGGUUCCCAAGUUUAAUGCCCUGAACAUGGCCGGCCAAACUCCCAGCUCAUCACCCAUCCCCUCCUUACCAGCCCUGUCAGAAUCACCCAAUGGGAAAGGCAACCUACCUGUCACCUCAGCACUGCCUGCACUUUUGGAAGAUGGAAAGACAAAUGGGGACCCAGAUUGUGAAGCCUCUGCUCCCAUGCCGACUUUGAGUUGCCUGGAGGAGAUUAACCAGGAGACCAAGGCUAGGAUGGAGGAAGAAGCAUACAACAAGGGAUACCAGGAAGGUCUAAAGAAGACCCAAGAGCUUCAAGACCUGAAGGAGGAGGAAGAAGAACAGAAGGGUGAAUGCCCAGAAGAAGCUGAAGAGGCAGAAGAAACUGAGGAAGAGGAAAAGGACCAAAGAAGCAGCAAACUUGAAGAAUUGGUUCAUUUCUUACAAGUCAUGUAUCCCAAACUGUGUCAGCACUGGCAAGUCAUCUGGAUGAUGGCCACAGUGAUGCUGGUCUUGACUGUUGUGCUGGGGCUCUACAGUUCCUAUAACUCUUGUGUGGAGCAGGCUGAUGGGCCCCUUGGGAGAUCCACUUGCUCAGCAGCCCAGAGGGACUCGUGGUGGAGCUCAGGACUCCAGCAUGAGCAACCUGCAGAGCAGUAGGAAACCUGACACCCAGUCAGUACCCUGCUCCAGCACACAACUGACUGCCCUUUCCCCAAGCAUAGUGUUUCAGGCCAGGUGUGGGCAUGGUACUGCUAGCCCAUUAGGAAAUGAGCAGGGUUCUUUCACACUCAGCACCUGUGUGGGAGCUACGCAUACACAGAAACUGAUGUUCUUGGAGGAUCAACAAAACUACCUUUGUAAAGCAUCUGGUGAAUGAAGUCACCUUUAUGAAGGAACUCUAAUAGAAGGGAAAGUCAUCUGCCCCAAGCUCAGAUGGCUGGGGAAAAUAAAACACCUUCACUGCAGGAGAUAGUAAGAAGCUCACUCUCCCUUCCCUUUUUUCCUCUCUGUAGUCAGAAAUAAAGAAGAAUUAAUUAUUCCCAAAGGCUAACACUGACCCUGACGAUCAGACCUAGAAUUUGGAGUCACAACAUGAAUAUCAUCCCAUUUCCAUCUCAUCCUCACUGACUCUCCUUCAGCCUCCCCUCCUCCCCUUUGGAACCAGAGUUUCUCUUUACAGAAGUAGGAAAGGUUUCUCAGAAAAAUAUUUAGGCUGAAUUUAGACCAGUGCUUGAAAUGAAAUGGGAAGAUGUGAGUUAAUAUAUAUGCAUCUGUAUCCACACACAACACAUACAUACACACAGCAUGCAUGUGCAUGAAGCCAACAACCUUCCAAACGUGUGCUCUCAGUGUGUGUUCUGGAUAAAGCCAACCCACAGAAUUUUCACUAGGUGUGGGGCAGUCACCAGGCACCUGUUCAAUGAGCUCUCCACAUGGAUUUAAGAUGUUUGAAAAACACUGAAAACUCAUGGUUUCAACAGUGAACUUGCUGGUCUCCAUUUCAAGUGCUAAUUCUAAGCUGUUGUACAACACAGUCUAUUCCCUAUUUGUCCUCUCCUAUUGAGAGCAGUUAACCCACCUCUCAGGUGAAGGAGGAGACACAGUGUGCUUUCAGCUCCUGUGUGCCCACAUGCAAAUGUGCAGUUGCACCUUAGUGCUUUAGUUCAAACGGGAUUUCCAACCCAAGUAUGUUUCAGAGCAUUCAUAAUUGUUUAGCAUAAAACUGAAGGAGCACAUCUCAUCUCCAAUUUGACUUCUCCCUCCACCUUUACAGCCACUGCUUUCAUUCAUCCCUCAUCAGUUUUGGGGGGUGUUGGUUUCUUGUGGGUUUUAUUGUGGUUGUUCUGCUCUUGUUUUUGUUUUGUUGUUGAUAUUGUUUUGUUGCUAACAUUCAUAUAGAACUUACUAUGAGCCAAGCACUGUUCUAGGUAUUAUAUAGGUAUUAAUUCAUUUAAUCCUCAAAAAAAAAAGGAAAAACCUAUGAGGUGCGUACUAAUCUCCUCAUUUUCAGAUAAGGAAACUGAAGCACAAAAACACAACUUGCCAAGUACAUCCAGUUAGUAAAUUAUGGGCCUGGAACUCAAAUCCAUACAGACUGGCCCCUGCACAAAAUUGCCUUUUCCAGUGGUCUCCUAACUGCAUGCCUUACAUUUCAGUCCCACUUCCCCAAGUAGCCCUCCAACCACUCCAGAUUAUUUCUGGUUCCCAGACUAAAUCAUUUUCUCAUAGUUCUGUUCCUCUACUUACCAGUUUUUCUUCUGCCAUUCUCCUCUUUUCUACUGGUUACUCUUCAGAACCAAGUGCAAAAAUUAUCCCCUCCAUACAAGCUUUGAUGACCUCGCUCCAACUCCCUACCAUACCCCACAUAAUAGGUCACACCCUCUUCUGUACUUUCUGACACUUUUAAAACAUCUUAAUUAUUGACAAUUGUGACAGUAUAUCACAAUAACUUUUUUGUGUUUCUAUCUCCCCUACUAUUUUCCUCAAAGACAAGAACAAUAUCUUACCCAUUCUCUGGGGUAAGUACCUAGCAUGGUGGCUGAUACAUGGGAGGGUAUCAUUAAAUGCUGGUCAAAAGAACAAGUGAGAAUUCAAGGUGGUAGAGAGCAGCCUAGAGACAGCUGACAUUUUGCACACUUCCCAGUCCCAGUACCAUCACUGCCACUAUCUCAAUAAGAAAAAUAUCUUUAUUAGUCUCAACUUAUUCUAUUAUUUUUCAGUCUACUCUGGGAAAGAGCACAAAUGAGACCUAACUGGAAACACCAUUUCCAAGCUCAAGGACUGGGCUUGAUGCAACCACUCCUUUCAGAAAGACCCACCUAGAUCAGCCCUACUGUAAAACAGCAUGUUGUUUUAAGGUGGGGUGGGGGGCAUCCUUUACAGUGGCUGGAAAACCACUGUGAGUGAAGCCCAAGCCAGGGUUGAGCAAGAAUGUGCCAUUAAGGUAAAGAGGUGCAGAUCAAGGCUGAGGGACUUUGGGGGCCUGGGGGGAUGGUUUUCCCUGAUGUACCAGGGGUCUGGACACACUGAAAAAUCUUUUAGGCCUUCAGAGUCACAGGCAGGAUGUAAAUGGAGCUCUAGAGACAGUAGCUGUGGAGCAGGACUCUAUACAGGCAAUGUCCAGUCUCAGCCUCCCUUAAAGAAGGAUGAGGUUGAGCUGGCUCACUGUCCCCUUGGCUACAGGGUUCCCACCUUUGUUACCAAUUAAAACAAAGGCAGGAGAACAGCUACAGUGAGCUCCUGAACCUCCAGCUGCUCCAUAGAAAAGCCUGUAAGAGUGCUUCCAGACAUAGGCCCUCACCCAAAGUACUCUGUAAGAGAGGUUGAAGAAAAGAAGAACUGUAACAGUAACCACAUUUCCAAGGGCAUUCCUGAAAAAAGUACUCAUCGGCAUUUCUUUUCUGAAAAGCAAAGUUUGAUCUGAAGCAGGUGGAAUGUUACUAAAGCAGCAGUGAAAUGGAGAGAAAUGGGCCCUGUCUUUCCAACAGUGAUAUUGAUCUAAAAUAAAAGUUCCCCUCAAAAUGCCUCUGAAGUCUGACAUUUCUGCUUAGCCCUAGGACUCUGGGUGCCUAUCUUGAGUUUCAGUGAUGUGUAGUUUGUGUCGUUGUUGAUAUCACCUCCUUAAAGGGCCUUCACUUUCUGGCUGCCACAAAAUCCAUAUAUAUCAUUCUCUGUGUACAGCCUGGCAGAGUAAAUGGAGAGGGAGAUACUGGAUUUGUGUAUCACUGGCUGUCAGUUCCUAAUGUUGUUAAACCUCACACAGGUGUGCUAGCAUUGAACUAUAGAGUGUCACAUACCUGAGUUUGAAAAUAAAAGCACAUUUCCAAACCAA